AUGGAUCAGACGUUGCUGCUCUCCGUGCUGCUGAGUCACCUGUGUUGGUCAGUGUCUCUGGACCUUCAGUACCACUUUAUAGAUAAGAAGAUGUCGUGGUCUGAGGCUCAGAGUCACUGCAGAGAGCAGCACACAGACCUGGCCUCAGUGAACAACAUGAAGGACCUGAAGAACCUGAAGGCUGCUGCAAACGGACGCACGGACGCCUGGAUCGGACUUCAUCAAACCAGUGACAAACUCACAGACAGGAAAUGGCACUGGUCUCAGCCCCCAGUCAGAUACAAGGAAGGAGAUGCUCCGUGGAGAUCUGGGGAACCUAAUGAUGAAAGAGAACCUGAAAACUGUGGCACAAUGGACAGUGAUGGCCUUUGGAAUGAUUCUCCCUGUUAUUAUCCACGUGACUGUUUUUUCUGCUACAACGCACUGGGAGCCGAGGGCCGAUGGGAGAGCGACGACUGUGGACUAAAGAAAAGCUUCAUCUGUGAAGAAGGUCCAAAGAGAAAAAAGACUUUGGUGAAAAUAAAAAUGUCCUCACCAGUGGAUCCCAACGACUUCAGCUCUGAAAUAUUGCAACAGCUGCAAGAACAGUUUAAAGCAAACAACCUGGGAGACGUCAAACUGACCUGGAAGAAAGACGAAAACCAACGGGUUUUCAAAAAGCAAAAAUCUUCCACAAAGAAAAAAUCUUCCUCAAAGAAAAAAUCUUCCUCAAAGAAAUCGGAACUUUAA